AUGAAUAAAUCAAAAACGAAGUUUCCAAAGCCCAAGGAUACUGUCAAGAAAACUUUUGUAAACAAGACAUCUUUGGCUAAUACUUGCAAAUAUCCCAAGUUCGUUACCUUGAUUCAAGAAAUAGUUGGCCACAUUACUCAACUGGUAUACGCUGGAUUCAUUUUUGCUAAUUACUAUUGCUUGAAACUUCUCAAAAAUGGUGAAAAACUACUUAUUGUCACUCAAAGUCUGCUCUACAACAUAUUUUUCAUCUUUGCUGGUCAAGGAAAGCAUGCCUCUGACAGUAUCAAGAAGAGCUUCAAGAUCUUUUGUGAAUCUACUUUCCUUACUCAAUCUGGAUCAAAGCGAAGAGUACACUUUGUCCUCAAGUACGAAUCUUGUGGUACGGUGUGGGAUCGCGAUGUGAACAGUGCAUUAAAAUAUAUGGUAUCUUUGUUUACAAAUCAAAACACGACAAUGAAAGUCCUCCUCCCCUUCUUCAAAAGACUUUCAAAAGACCAACGGUGAUCCCUGGAUUUAGUGCGCUGCCUAUAAACAACAGUACAUUUCUUAAUACUUUGACAAAUAUAAAUGAUAAUAUGUUAAUUUUUA